UUGCGAGUAUUGCCGAGCUGCCGGGAGGGAAACCUCGCGCUCAGCUCGCCGUUCCUUCCUUCCCUCCGUCCCUCCCUCCUACUCGCACUUCCCAAACAGCCGCCACCGCCAGGGAGAGGACGCCUCCCGGACAGCCACCGCCAAAUUCGUAGUGGGUCUGCGUCGGCGCCGCUCUCCGGCAGGGCAACCAGGAGAGUGCCGCAUCAUGGGCUCGGCCGAAGAAACCCACGAGAUGAACGGGCUGACUACAGGGAAUGGCGGCAGCGACAGAACGCCGCCUGAGGAGCCUCAAAGACAGUGGCUACGGAGGAACAGACCGAUUAAUAUUAACCAUUAUGCCAAUAAGAAGAGUGCGGCUGAGAGUAUGUUGGACAUUGCUUUGCUCAUGGCCAAUGCAUCCCAGCUCAAAGCAGUGAUGGAACAAGGACCUUCCUUUUCAUUCUAUGUUCCUCUUAUUGUCCUUAUCAGCAUCUCACUCACACUACAGAUUGGAGUUGGCGUGCUUCUGAUAUUCCUUGUAAAAUACGACCUUAAUAACCCCGCAAAACAUGCCAAGCUGGACUUCCUCAAUAACCUUGCGACAGGACUGGUGUUCAUUAUAGUGGUUGUGAAUAUUUUUAUUACUGCUUUUGGAGUACAGAAGCCCAUGACCACAAAAGCAUAGUAAUAUAAAGGUAAUUUCUGCACUUGGACUAUUUUCUUUAGGAUGCAAAGCAUGAAGAAACCGAAGCCAAUCAAACAAGCAUUUUUCUGUAACUUCCCACAGAACUGUUUGCCAGAAAGAUCAUUCUGUUAAGUCUCUUAACUAAAUAAGAUGAUCAUCUGCUGUUGUUGGGAAAACUUAGUUAAAAUCUGUAGUACAAGAGUUUGUAUCCAGGCGACUAGCAUCAAAAUGUCCACAUUACCUUAUUAGCAUUGCAUCGGAGAGCACUGCCAUGUACACCUCUUCUCCAGAUCCUGUUAUUCCUCAAGUCUACAGGCCACUGUGGAUUCCUCACAUUCUGUGCCUUCUUGACAGACGCUGAGCAGAGGUGACUUCUGCUCAUAAAAUAGCAAUGCAGUCAUCCUACAGAUAUGAAAAGGCCCUUCUGCACUAAAGAGAGAACAAAACUGUCUAGCAAACAUCUCAGAAGUCUAUGAUCACAAUAUUUUAUAUAAUUUAAUUACAUCAUGUACAUAAAUCAUGUAAUUUUUUAAUUUACAUAAUUCACAAGACAUGAUAUGCCUCAUCAUGGAAUUUUGAGGGCUCAUAUUUUGUAAGGGCUAAAGUGUUCCCAAGCAAUGUGAUGAAAGCUUUUGGGACAGUAACUUUUUAGUCCUGAAAGUCCACUACAUCUAACACUCCUUCUUGUUAAGGAUUAGAUUUGCUCUCAAAAUCCAACUGGAUCAUAGAGACCAGAAACCACCCUUUUUGGAGUUCUAUUUAGCUUGCUAGCAUCCAUCAGCACUCUGCAUGUUUGUAUUUGCUGUAGGCUCCAAAGGUAACAAGGCAAUAGAAAUGCAUUUUUUAAAACUUUUAUAAUCCAUAUUUAUAUGGCGUUAUGCAUAGGGAGGGGCUGAAGCUCAGACAUGGAACAUCCUGUUGUGCAUGCAGAUGUCCCAGGUUCCAUUCCUGUAUCCCUUCCUUAAAAGGAUCAGGUAGGAAACCAUGUUGGUCUGCAGUAGAACAUCAGGAUUUGGGCCCAGUGGUACCUUAGAGAUCAAGAAAAAUUUUCAGGGUAUAAAUUUUCAAGAAUCUAAGCUCUUGGUAUCUGAAGAAAGGAGCUUGGACUCUAAAAAGCAUACAUCCUGAAAAUCUUGUUGGCAUCUGGGGUGCCACUGGACUCAAAUCCUGCUUUUAAAAGGAUCGGAUAUUAGAUGUUACGAAAAGUGUUUACCUGAUAAGUUGUGAAAGGUGCUGUCAAUCAGAGUAGACAAUAUUUACCUCAAUAGACCAACAAUCUGAUUCAUUACAAGGCAGCUUUAUGUGACUAUUUCUAUUCAGCUGUAAAACUGCAUUAAAAAUCCCACAAUGACUGGGUACUGCUGUUGAUGCUGUAUCCCCUCACCAGAAACCAGUGAAGCAACUUGUGAUUGUUAAGGCUGCAAUUAACUUUCAAACCUUGAGGAAAGGCCUCCAAGAGAAAAGGCAGUGGCUACAGAUAAGGGUAUAAAAUUCUCAGAAAGUUUAAAGCCAUAGAAAAAACAUCCCCACCUUUUUUUUCCUAGAAAAAAAAUCAGAAUUUUUUUUUUGAAAAUUGAAAUAUAUGUAAUACUUAGCUUUCUACAAAACUUAAACAUAUUUUAUUGAUUUAAAUGCUCAUUUAUAAUUUAGGAUAUAACAUUUCACAAGUUAUCAUAUUUAUGAAAUUUAAAAGUAUAAAUGUCUUGGUUUUCAAUAAGAAAAAUUGAAUGUGUACCCAAUACUUAAUAAAGAGUUGCAUGCUGUUGCAGCCUAUGCUACCUUAGCACGUCAUAAUUUUUGUUAUCUUAGAGGUGGAAAAAUGACUGUAGAAAACAAAUUCUGUAGUAUUUUCCAGUUUUUCAAUAGAAAUUUUUGGGGAAAAGACUAAAACAAAAUACAUUUCCCAACAUAACUAUGCUUAUUUGUAUUAUGGGUUGUAUGCAUCUAGGUACAACCCACAGUACAGAUAAGCAUUGUUAUGCUUACUAACAUUAAAAUGAGUUUAUGGCAUUUAAAUUUAUUUGCUCUGGAUUGUGGCACUUUUCUGGUUUGAUUUUUUUCUUUGCAUUUGCUUUCAUUGGGUAACUUGGCACGGAAAAAGAAUAAUUUUUUAAAAGAACAUUAAUGCUGCUGCAUUAGGAGGUAAAACUUCAGUGUAUAGAUUGUUGCUGGCAAUUGUAUGCAUCAAAUUUUUCAGGCAUUUUACUUCUAAUGUAUCCAAUUUAGCUUGCAUAUAUGUUCAUAAUUAAUACUGUUUCUUUUUAUUUUCAUUUUUAAACAUCUUGGUUUUACAUAUAUAUAGCACAUUGUGGCAGUUAUGCAGAUAAAUGUACUUGUAUUUUCAUUUACCAUUUUAGUUGGUAAAAAUUCCCACAAAUUAUAAGAAUAACCAAUUCUUAAGGGCAAAGUAGUAGAACUUCUGUUUUGUUACUAAAUAGAGAAUGAACACAGAAUAAUUUUAAGAAACAGUUGUAGCAUUUUUUAUUACUGGUAAACAUAGUGUGGUCCAAAAGAACUUUUCUUGUAAUCAUAUGUACAUGUAAAUACUGAUCCAAAAGCCGAAGAAUCAAGUAUUACUUUGGUUUACAGCUGUUGUACUUUCUCAUUAAUUACAGUUGCUGAAAGAAUGCAGCAUUUCACUCUUCAGUCACCUAGAAUCUUAAUAUUCAAUUCUGUCUUAUCCCAGUGGACUUUUUGAUAAAACCUGGUUUCUGAUCUGCAGGUCUGAGUGAAAAUUUCAAGAAUUAAAUUAUUAAAUUCAGUGCACAUUUUUUAAAAGUGCACUGUUUAACAGUUUUUUGUAAAAAUUCAGUAUGUAAAAUUUAAUGAGAUUAAUAGUACCAUCAUAGAUUCUAAAUCCAUUGAAGCCCAUGGGCUUAGAUGGUUGUAACGCUGUUUAGAAUGACCCUGCAAGGAAGUAAUCCAAAGAACACUUACUAAGAAUUGGCAUCUUCCAGUAAAUGUGUUUAGGACUGGGCUGUAUCUUCGAGUUUCACAAUUGCUAGCAACGUAAUUAAAAUCCAACAUGUUAACAAAAAUGCAUUUCCAUGGGCUUAAGUAUGCUUAACUCUGUGAGGUUUAAUCAGGGAAUACUGCCUUAAGCCCGGAGCUUUGGACAAUGCAAUUAUAUUGAACCCAUACGUUGGGUCUCUCAAGCUGUUAAAGAACCCCAGCUGCUGUGUCACAGGUCCCUGUAUAGCCAUAGUUUUUGCUGCCUUUUGGAACAAUCUGCUGCUAGUAAGCAUGCAUAAAUAGAGGGAACAAAUUAUGCCUGUUCUAGAAUAAAAGGCUAAUGUGGAUGCGAACCACAUUUUUAUAUAAAGGAUUAGAGAAUUGCAUUUUUUUAGCACUAAGAGAUUGCUAACAAAAAGGCAUUCAUGUAACAAAAAGCAUUUCCCUCAGGAAAGAUGUCUGGCUCUUUCACAUCCAAGUAACAACUAUUCAUUUGAGUAUUAGAAACCAAUUGUCUAGAACUUUGAGGACUAGACUCUCAUGUCUGAGUGCCUUCUCACAAAAGCCCUAUUAGUUAUCCACUACAGGAGACUGGGUCUGACAUUUCUACUCAGGUUGGAUUCUUAUUUUUAUGCAUGAUGUAUUAUAUUUUUAUUAUGAAAAUGACAUGUCUUUCUGUUGAUAAAUAAAACUUUUUCAUUA